CCCAGAAAUCUCCUGCUAAAUGCAAGAGUUUGCAGUCCUGCAGUUUACUUACUGUAUUGCCAGAGAUUGAAUUUGACACAGAUUCUGGAAACCACAAGGCGAGCUCUAGAAUUCCCUUUGAGAAGAAGCCAUACUCAACCGAGAUGUCACGGCACCACAGCCGGUUUGAAAGAGAUUAUCGCACUGGGUGGGAUCGCCGAGAAUGGAGCUCCAAUGGGAAUCACGUGAACAGCAGUAACUGUAACAGUACAGCGAGCAGCAACUGCAACAACAGACCUGGGCUGUUGCCUUUGCCAAUUGUUCCCUCUCGACUACCUACUCCAGCCACGGCUGCUUGCACCACAGUGAACAGUGACGUGAGAACGAGCCUUGUGGCCAACUCAUCCGCAGCUUCAACUACCAAAACGCCUUGCAUUUCCAAGACUGAAAAUCAGCCUCAAGGACUUGCAACUAGUGUUAGGUGGGGACAGACACCCAUCAAUCAAUCUACACCCUGGGACACAGAUGAACCACCCUCUAAACAGAUGAGGGAGAAUGAAAACCCAGGUACAGCACCAUGGGUUACAACAGUUGCAGCCGGUAGCCAGCCAACUCUUAUAACUCAUUCAUAUGGAAUGACUCAGCCUCCAACCUUCAGCCCAGCAGUGAAUGUCCAGGCCCCUAUCAUUGGAGUUACACCCUCACUCCCUCCUCACGUUACCCCUCAGCUUCCAUUAAUGCCAGCUCAUUAUCAGCUUCAACAGCAGCCUUCACAGCCUCUGAAUAACAUGGUUGUGAACCUGCAAAGCCAGCCUUUGUACACUAACAGCCAGCCGAUCAUGUCCUCUGUGACUGGGGUUGGUCAGGUGACUCACCCAGGCCACACUGCAGUAGGGAAUGGUCAUAUGACUUGCCCUAUUCUGCCUCCACCACCACCUGCUCUGCCUUCAGCUGCCCUACCCAAUAGUGUUCCAGCUACCAAUGGGCAGGCUGCUCCUCAGCUUCCUCCCAGCCAGACGGGCAAUCAGGAGACCACAAAUGGGGUACAAAUGCUACGGACUAUUGGCGUGGGAAAGUACGAGUUCACAGACCCUUGGCAUCCAAAAGAAAUGUUGAAGGAGUUGAACCAGCAACGCAGAGCGAAAGAGUUUACAGACCUGAAAAUUAUUGUUGAAGGCAAAGAGUUUGAAGUCCACCAAAAUGUUCUAGCUUCCUGCAGCUUGUAUUUCAAGGACCUGAUUAAAAGGUCACCACGAGACAGUAGCAGAGGCGGGGAGAAGCUGGAAUUGGCCAUGUCAAACCUCACUGCAGAUGUUCUGGAAUUACUACUGGAGUUUGUUUAUACAGGUUCUUUGAUCAUAGAUUCUGCCAACGCAAAAACUCUUCUGGAGGCUGCCAGCAAGUUCCAGUUUCAUACUUUCUGUAAAGUCUGUGUGUCAUUUCUAGAAAAACAAUUGACUGCCAGCAACUGCUUAGGAAUAUUAGCCAUGGCUGAAGCUAUGCAGUGCAGUGAACUAUACAACAUGGCCAAAGCAUAUGCCCUACAAAUUUUCCCAGAAGUGGCCAAUCAAGAGGAGAUCCUUAAUAUCUCAAAAGACGACUUCAUUUCCUACAUGUCCAAUGACAGCCUGAACACCAAAGCAGAAGAGCUGGUGUAUGAAACAGUGAUAAAAUGGAUUAAGAAGGAUGCUGCACUCAGAGCUCAGUAUGCUGCAGAGUUGCUGGCAGUGGUCCGCCUCCCCUUCAUCCAUCCCAGUUAUCUGCUAAAUGUUGUUGACAAUGAGGAGUUGAUAAAGUCUUCAGAGGCCUGCCGGGAUCUAGUGAAUGAAGCAAAACGUUAUCACAUGCUCCCACAUGCCCGACAAGAGAUGCAGACACCAAGAACCCGGCCCAGGCUAUCAGCAGGUGUGGCUGAGGUAAUAGUCCUCGUGGGAGGUCGUCAGAUGAUUGGCAUGAACCAACGAGCUUUAACGGCGGUCACUUGCUUAAAUCCUCAAAACAAUAAAUGGUACCCAUUGGCCAGCCUGCCUUUCUAUGAUCGGGAGUUUUUCAGUGUAGUCAGCGCUGGAGACAACAUCUAUCUUUCAGGUGGCAUGGAGUCUGGUGUCACGCUGUCUGAUGUCUGGUGUUACAUGUCCUUACUUGAUAACUGGAAUCUCGUAUCCCGCAUGACAGUCCCAAGGUGUCGACACAACAGCCUGGUGUACGAUGGGAAAAUUUAUACCAUUGGAGGCGUUGGUGUGGCAGGCAAUGUUGAUCAUGUGGAAAGGUAUGACACAAUCACCAAUCAGUGGGAGACAAUAGCUCCUCUGCCAAAGGCCGUGCAUUCUGCAGCUGCCACUGUUUGUGGUGGCAAGAUCUAUGUGUUUGGCGGGGUGAAUGAAGCUGGUCGAGCCGCUGGAGUCCUGCAGUCAUAUGUCCCUCAGACUAAUGCAUGGAGUUUUAUAGAGUCUCCAAUGAUCGAUAACAAAUAUGCUCCUGCAGUCACUCUCAAUGGGUUCAUCUUUAUUCUUGGAGGAGCUUAUGCAAGAGCAACCACCAUCUAUGACCCAGAGAAAGGCAAUAUUAAAGCAGGUCCCAACAUGAACCACUCCAGGCAGUUCUGCAGUGCUGUGGUUCUUGAUGGAAAAAUUUAUGCCACUGGUGGAAUUGUUAGCAGCGAAGGACCUGCGCUGGGGAAUAUGGAAGCCUACGACCCUAAGACAAACACGUGGACGCUUCUACCCAAUAUGCCAUGCCCUGUGUUUCGACAUGGCUGUGUAGUAAUUAAAAAGUACAUUCAGAGCGGUUGAUGCUAUCAAGGAGUUGGAUGGAGAACUGGUUUUGCCUGCCAAACGCAGGCAAAAAUAAAAAAAGCUAUUACAACAAGAAAAAUAAAUAAAAUUAGAAGAACAAAAACACAAAAGCAACGAACAUAUUGCUCUAAAGUUUUGAAUAUUCUCUACAUUGAAUGUAGAAAAUCAUCUUCACCUUUUGGUGAAUGAGGAGCAGAGAGCUCCGUGCUAUGUAAGAUAGUGUAACUUGAUAAUACAAGUGUGUCACUAGAUGUUGUAGUGGCACUUGUUACGGAUGUAGGCUUUGGGUCAACCCAGGUGCAAUAGAAUUUCACAUAUUUUUUAACUGGGGGGAGAGAAAAAUCUGCAUUUUACUCCUAGAGAGCAAGCUUGAUUCUUAACAUAACUGUGCAGAAGAUUAGUUUUACUAUUACACAUUAGGCUAUUUGAAAGAAGUCAAAGUGUCCUUAUCACUUUGAUUCCUACAUUUGUUUUUAACAAAUACAUGCUUUUCAAUACCAAUGACUGAGAGAUAUCUUGUGUGACAGCUGGCGUAGGUUGAUGUCAGUCUUCCAUCAGCUCAAAUAAAUACUGCAGUUCUCUAGAGCAGCACCAAAAAAAGGAGAGAAAGAGAGAGAAGAGCUGAUUAUAAUGGCAUUCUAUGUGAAAAGGGUUUCUUGGGCUGUAUGGGUUUCUGCCCCCUACAUGGCAGCAUUUGUGUGUUGGGAGUGGAGAAUGAUUUCUACCCUGUUUUCUGCUGUAUGAGCAAAACUUAACAGUGCUUGCAACCUCUAAUGCAAUUAUUAUUAUUAUUAUUAUUAUUUUUAGAGUCCAGAGGCAUUUUCUUGAUUAAACUAACCUCUUCAAAAUGUUCUGAUUGGAAUCAUGUUAAUAAAACAAACCAUAUGAUGUGGG